AUGUUGGUUGAGAUUGAAUCUGUUGAUGGAUUUUAUAGUAGUUCAACAUUGCCAAAAACAAUUAUGGCAUUUUAUGAUGUUUUAACGAUCUUAAUUUGUAGAAACUAUUUAAAUUUAUCUGAUUUAAAGCCAUUGUUUCAAUCAUGUAGAUCAAUCUAUCAACAAAAUCAUAAUGAUCAGACUAGUGACAUUGAAAUCAUUAAAUAUUUAUAUAUACACUACUUGGAUUUAUAUUCAAAGUUACUUAUUAAACUAAAAAUAUUUAAUUCUAUCAAUAGUAGUAGUAAUAAUGUAGACAACAUAAAUCAAAUACAAAAUACAUUAUAUAAUAAUUAUAUUAAUAACAUUAUAACAGUUAACAAUUUAAUAAAACCAAUUCAAAUAUUUAAAAAGUUAAAUCUAGAUAUUGGAAUAUUGGUUGAUACAAAUAAUAUAUUGAAUCAACUCUAUUUAGAUCAGAGUUUAGAACAAAAUGAGAUUUUUCAAAGUAUUCACCAACAGUUACAAUUACAACAACCAAACCAUCUAAUCGAUAAGCUAUUGUGUUAUUCAAUUAUCAAUAAUAAUGAUACACUGCUUUUAUUGCUCAUCAGAGUCAUCUUAUUGUUACAAUCCAAUCAAUUAACCAAUAGCUAUAUAAAAUCAAGUACAUCAGCAACAUCAUCAACAACAACAACACAAUUAAGUGUAAAUCAACCAGUUAAUUCACUUAGAGUUUCAACAUCGCAUCAAAAACAACUACAACAAGUACCAAUAUUAAAUAUAGAUGAAUUAUCAUUUUUAUUAAAGUUUUAUAAUAGUAAUAAUAGUAAUAAUAGCAAUAGUAAUAGUAAUAAGAUAUAUAAAACACAAAUUAUAAUAACAGUGUUACCAUUAUUUAUUGCAGCAAAUCAAAAGAGUUCACAAUGUUUAAAAUUAAUAGUAGAUAGUUUAUUAGUGUCGAUCUAUUCAAAUAAUAUCAAUGUAAAGCUAACAGCAACCAAUAGAACAGCAUUAUUCUAUUCGACAAGUAGAGAUACUACAUUAGCACUUUUACAGUACAAUGCAAAGAUCGAUGCUAAAGACACCACUGGAAUGCUGCCUAUUCACUAUCAUUCACUGGUUGGUAAUCUUGAUGUAAUUAAAUGUCUUUUAGAUGAUACGACCAUCAAUGCGCAGGAUCUAUCUCAAAAUACACCAUUACAUUGGUCAUCUUUAAAAGGUCAUUUACCAAUUGUAAAAUAUUUAAUUAGUUCAGGUGCAAAAUUGAAUAUUGCCAAUCAUCAAGGUAGAUAUCCAAUACAUAAUGCAGCACUCGAAGGUCAUAUCGAUAUUAUAAAGUAUUUGGUCGAUCUCUAUGCCAAGGCAUCGUUACGUGGUAGCAUUCGGUCAUCUAGUGGAAGUGCAUCCAUUCAGAUUCCAGAUCGUGAGAAUAACACUCCAAUCGAUUUAGCAAUACUAAAGAAUCAUUUCUAUUGUACAUUUGAAUUAUUAAGAUAUGAAGGAGCUUCAAGUGAAUUUGAUUUCACUAAUGGUCGAAAGAUUGGAUCUGGUGCUUUUGCAGACGUAUAUUUAUUAGAGUGGCGAAAGAAACAGGUUGCUGUUAAACGUGUAAAGUAUGAAAGAUUAUUGGAAUCUGGAAAAACUGAUGAGUGGAUCAAAGGAAAGUUUCUACUAGAGGUUGUUUUGAUGGUAAAACUAUCACAUCUACCUAGUUUUGUAAAGUUAUAUGGUACUGUAAUUGAACAAAAUGAAUUAUUAUUAAUUGGAAACGAUGAAAUGAUUACCAAUCUACCGUCGAUCAAUCUAUUGUCGCAGAGUAUGGCAAAUGGUAUGGCCUAUUUACAUGGCUUGACACCACAGAUCAUACACAGAGAUCUUACAUCACAGAAUAUAUUGUUGGAUGCCAAUGGCUCUGCCAAGAUUGCCGAUUUCGGUAUAUCGAGAUUCAAGAAUGACAUUGGUGAUAAGACGAUGACUGCGAUUGGAAACCCUCGUUGGAGAGCUCCCGAGGUCACCAAAGGCGAAAAGUACAGUGAGAAAGUGGAUGUCUUUGGCUUUGGAAUGAUCUUGUAUGAACUGUUCACAAGGCGUGUGCCAUUCCACGACUAUGAACCGGUGCAGGCUUCAUUCAAGGUGGUAAGUGGUGAGAGACCCAUCAUUCCACCGACAGUAGAUUCACGCUGGGCCAAACUCAUUCAGCGAUGCUGGGAUCACCUUCCUGCAAACAGACCAUCAUUCCAAGAGAUCAUUCAAAUCAUUCAACAACUCCCAAUAGUAAACAUCAAAGUAUUCACACCGAAUGAUAUUAUAAUGCAUCCAUUCAACCAACAACAUCUGAAUUCAGAUUCAACAUCAAACGAUGUCUCCAUGUCUUCUUAUGAAGGUUCAUAUGAAAUAUCAUAA